UCGGACCCUAAGACGCCCGUCUUCCCCUACGCCACCGCCGCCGGGCCGUCCCUUUCUCCUUCCUCCAUCCCCCUCCGCCACUCUCCCCUCCCAAACCCCCUCCUCGCACCCGCCCAGAUCCUAGCUAGGGUUUCCCCAUCUUCCCCUACGCCACCGCCGCCGCCGUCGGGCCGUCCCCGCCACCAUGUUGGAGCUGCGGCUGGUGCAGGCGGCCUCCCUCAAGAAUGUCCUGGAGGCGCUCAGCGUCCUCGACCUGUCCAGUGAGGUCAACUUCGAAUUCUCCGGCACGGGCUUUGAGCUCCAGGCCAUGGACACCAGCGGCGCCGCGCUCGUCGCGCUCCUCCUCCGUGCCGAUGCCUUCAAUCACUACCUCUGCGACCGCGACCUCUCCAUGGGCCUGAACCUCGCCGACAUGGCCAAUGUUUUCCGCUGCGCCAACAACGACGACAUCCUCACCAUCAAGGUGGAUGGCUGCCCCGACACCGUUAUGUUCGUGUUCGAGUCGCCCAAGGUUGGUGAGAUUUCGUAUUUUGAUUUGCAUUUCGUGGACAUCAACCGCAUGCCCUGCGAAAUCCCGGAAAUCCCGGAAUCCGAGUACCAGGCCAUAGUCCGCAUGCCCUCUGCCAAGUUUAUGCGUAUCUGCAAGAAGCUCAGCAGCGUCGGGGACAGAGAGGACAGGGACACUGUUGCCAGUAUCUCAGUGGAUAAGGAGCGUGUCGACUUCUUCACUUCGGGAAAAGCUGGGACCUCAACAAUUUUUUGCACUGUUGGCAAGCCAAAAGAACCUACCCUUAUAGAAGAACCUACCCUUAUAGAGAUGAAAGAAAAGGUUUCCCUGAGCUUUGACCUAAGGUACGUGAACUCCUUCUCCAAGAUGUGUACCCAGUCUGAUCAACAAGUGACUAUCAGUCUUUCACCCGAGCUACCCGUGCUGUUCGAGUACAAGAUCACAGAGAUGGGCCGCAUCAGAUAUUACGUGGCGCCAAGGAUCAAAUUGCAGAAUGAGGUAGAUGGGAUGCAGAACUAAUGACUAGCGGGGAUACAUAUGGUCAUGUUGCCUUGUCUUUCCACCAUCAAUUGCUUGACUAUUGUUUGCAAGCAAAAAAGAUGUUAUGUCUCAUCUGUUUAAGCCAGACAGUUUCAGUUGCUUGUAUCAGUAUCUGCUAUGAGUCUUUGGAUUUACAGUGAAUUUAGAUGAGUGGAUUUGUGCUUUGUGCAUUGGUAUAUACUGUGCUGUUUGAUCCGGUCACACAA